ACCUUGAACUCUGUCCGGGUCUCCCACGUGGGUGGCAGAGGUCCAAGCACUCAACCCAUAUUCCACUGCUUUCUCAGGCGCUUUAAUAGGGAGCUGGAUUGGAAGUGGAGCAGCUGGGACUUGAGCGGGCACCCACAUGGGAUACUGGUGUUGCAGGUGGUGGCUUAACCCGCUGCACCACAAUGCUGCCCCUCCUAACCUUUUAAAUUCUGCCUUGUGGAGUAGGUGUUCUGCCAUCCCCACGUCCCACGCUGGAAUGCCCGGGUCCCAUAUCCGGCUCAGAGUCCUGACUCCAGCUUUCUGUCAGGGCAGACCCUGGAAGGCAGUGGUAACUCAAGUUACUGGCUUCCUGCUGCCGACAGGGGAGGCACAGACGGCUUCCCGGCUCCUGGCUCCCAUCUCAGCCCAGCCUCAGCCGUUGGGGGCAUCUGGGGAGUGAACCAGCGGAUGGGAGGUCUCUGUGUCUCAACCUCUCAAAUUUCAAAAUAUUAGAAGACAAUUCUGGAUACAGCUGCACUCCCGGCCCCUGGCUCUGUCGCCUUUGCUGCCUUUUGGCAUCCCGCUUGCUAUAUGACUGCGUACACCUGCCCAUCCCUCGCCAGAACCUCAGCUCUGGCUCUCUGUGUAGCCUCCGUGGCACUCAGUAAGCUCCCGGUAAGUAUGCGCCUGCUGAAGAGAGACCCAAGCUUGCCGUCCGAAGCCCCGGGGUCCGCGGGCGCAGGCGCAGGUGCAGGAGCGCGCGGGCGCCCUGAGAACUACAUUUCCCGUGAUGCUCUGGGCGCGGACCGCGGGGGCCGCCGGGAAGGGCCGACGUGCCCCGAGCCAGGUCCGGGACCUGCGAGGAUGGCGAGUCCGGCAGUGUUCCCGCUGUCGUGCGUGGUGCAGCAGUACGCCUGGGGGAAGACGGGCUCCAGCAGCGAGGUGGCGCGGCUGCUGGCCAGCAGUGACCCGUCGGUCCAGAUCUCCGAGGACCAGCCCUACGCAGAGGAGCUGGCCGAGAAGUUGCACCUCCAGGCUCCGCAGCACUACCCCGACGCCAACCACAAGCCCGAGAUGGCCAUUGCCCUCACCUCCUUCCAGGGCUUGUGCGGCUUCCGGCCGCUGGAGGAGAUCGUGGCCUUCCUGCAGAAGGUGCCCGAGUUCCGGUUCCUGAUCGGAGACGCCGCGGCCGCGCAGCUGCAGCAGAGCGUGGGCAGCGACUCCCAGGCCGUGGCCUCGGCUCUGCGGCGCUGCUUCUCCCAGCUCAUGACCAGCGAGAAGAAGGCGGUGGUGGAGCAGCUGGACCGGCUGGUGAUGCGCAUCUCCCAGCAAGUGUGUGCCGGGAACCACAUGGAGGACGUCCUCGGGGAGCUCCUGCUGCAGCUGCACCAGGAGUACCCGGGAGACAUCGGCUGCUUCGCCAUCUACUUCCUGAACGUGCUCACCCUGAAGCCGGGGGAGGCCAUGUUCCUGGAGGCCAACGUGCCCCACGCCUACCUGAAAGGAGACUGCGUGGAGUGCAUGGCGUGUUCAGACAACACGGUCCGCGCUGGGCUCACGCCCAAGUUCAUCGACGUGCCCACCUUGUGUGAGAUGCUCAGCUACAGCCCCAGCCCCAGCCAGGACCGGCUCUUCCACCCGGCACGGAGUCAGGAAGACCCCUGCCUCAGCAUCUACAACCCCCCCGUGCCGGACUUCACAGUCAUGAAGAUGGAGGUCCCUGGCUCUGCCGCUGAAUACAAGGUGACGGCACUGGACUCAGCCAGCAUCCUCCUGGUGGUGCAGGGCACGGUGACCGCCAGCACGCCCACCGCCCCGGCGGCCAUCCCCCUGCGGCGCGGCGGGGUGCUCUUCAUCGGGGCCAGCGAGAGCGUCUUGCUGCGGCUCACUGUGCCCGAGGACCUGCUCUUGUUCCGAGCCUGCUGCCUGCUGUAGGCGCAGCCCAGCUCUCCUCUGCCAGUGCCUUUGGGCCCUGCCCUGAGGGCCGUGCCCCGGAGGAGAGGCGUGUAGGUGGUGAGUGCGGAGCGUGCCCAGGCUAGCCAUCUCCAGUAAGGGCCGUGCGCCACUCGUGGUCUCGCCCUGCACCUGGGCCAGGCCCGCGGCUCAGGAGGCAGCAGCCGGCUCCGGCCCACGUCAGCUGUGUCAGCUUAGCCCCGUCACGUGAGGCCGGGCGGCGUCUGAGGAGUCACCAGGCCAGACCGCCUGCUUCCCCAGCUGCAGGGAAGAGGAAGCCUGUGGACUGUGCUGCCUACACAGAGCCAUUAAAGAUCACUUGUGUGGAGGCUG